UAUACUUCCAACCCUCUCUCCUCUCUCCUCUCUCCCCUCUUCCCUCUCCCUCUGGCCUCUCCCUCUCGAGUUAGAGAGAACACAAAAAAAGAAAAAAGAAAGAGAAAGAAAGAAAGAAGCCAAACAAACAAAAAGCCAAAACUGUUGUGUUCUUCUCACAUUCUCACCUCCACUGCCAAAAACCCUAAUUUACUCUCUUUUUUUUACUCACUUUAUAGUAAAAAAAAAUCUUUGAUCACUCAUUUCUCUUACUUUUUUUUUCCCAUUUCUGCUUAAUAUUUAUUAUUUAUGUCAGAAUUCAUCAUCAUCAUCUCUUUAAUGCCUAUCUAUUUAUAAGCUAAUUACAUUUCUAUACAUUCCCUAUCUCUUUAUCUCUUUCGUUUUUUGUUCUUUUCACUGAUAGAAAUAAGAAAAAAAGAAGAGAACUUGUUGUUGGAUUUUCUGUUCAGUAGUGGUUGUUGCUGAUUUCCAAUAAAGAAAUAAAGUUAAGGUCUUUCUGGUUUCUGGGUUUUUUGAGUAUCUAUCCAUGGCUGCGGUUGCUGAGAUUGCCAGUGAGGCUGCAGUGGCUGCCAAAAGCAACAGCAACACCACAACCAACAAAAAUGAUAACAACAAUAAUUUGGAUUCAGAAAGAAACCCAAAAUCAGAAUCUGAAUUCACUGUUCAAAAGCUUGUGGAUAUGUUCACCAAGUUGAAUCCUUUGGCUAAGGAGUUUUUCCCAUCAUCUUACAAUAAAAACAAUCCAAAACAAUUUCAUAUCAACAAUUUUCCAGUGCCUAACAAACAAUCAGCCAAUGACAACUUCCCUAAAAGGCGAAGAAAUGACUUUAACCAGGGCAGGAGAAGGUUGAAUGGGAGAGCUUAUAGAGCCCAACGAGAAGACAGUAUUAGACGAACAGUAUAUGUUUCUGAUAUUGAUCAACAUGUAACCGAAGAGCAGCUUGCUGGCUUAUUUAGUGGUUGUGGACAAGUCAUGCCAUAUUCUUUAGAAUUGCUGAUAAUAGUUUCACACAUUGAGGUCAUAGGGUGUAUUGUUUGCAUACACAGAUAUCUACAUAAUCACCUUGUGGUUGUUGAUUGCCGGAUUUGUGGUGAUCCACGCUCAGUUCUUCGUUUUGCCUUUGUGGAAUUUGCUGUUGAGCAAGGGGCAAGAGCAGCUUUAAACCUUGGCGGGACCAUGCUAGGAUACUAUCCAGUCAGAGUGCUACCUUCAAAAACUGCUAUCCUUCCAGUGAAUCCUACAUUUCUCCCUCAGUCUGAAGAUGAACGGGAGAUGUGCACUAGGACAGUCUAUUGUACAAAUAUCGAAAAAAAGGUUUCUCAAGCUGAGGUCAAGAAUUUUUUCGAAUCAAUAUGUGGUGAGGUCACUCGCUUGAGGCUUUUAGGGGAUCAUGUGCAUUCAACUCGUAUAGCUUUUGUUGAAUUUGCUAUGGCAGAAAGUGCCAUAGUUGCGCUGAAUUGCAGUGGGAUGGUCCUGGGAUCCCAGCCUGUCAGGGUAAGUCCUUCAAAGACACCAGUGAGGCCACGAGUUACUCGCUUAGCAUUGCAUUAACUAGUCAGAGUCAAAGACCCUUGGAUGGAAUUCAGUGAUUUCCUGGUUGAGGGGAACUCCGUUGUGCCGAAGGGAUGGUGAAACUUUCCCUUGUCUCAGUGCUUCCAUCAUUUCCAUGGCAACAACUGAAACAUUUUAAUGUGACUGAAACAUAUUGUUGCCUGCUUCAAAUUGAAGUUUUUACAAGACUGUCUCAGUCUCCGAGAACUUUUUACCUUAAUUCCACCCCCCCCCCCCCCUGUUCGAACCAUUUCAUCAGUUGACUUUGGUAAUUGUAGUGGUUCUGAUCACGGUUAAAGACGCCUAUAACUUGAGCAAGUAAUUUCUUUUAUUCAAUUUACUGCAAAUAAUUUGCAGUGGUAAUUUGGUACCCAA